GAAAACUUACACUCAAUUUCCUUAAUUAAAUAAGAAAACCUUCCACAAAACUUUCCUUAAUUAAAUAAGAAAAACAUUAUUGAUCGCUAAUUUCUUUUUCAAACUUGGUUGCGAACUCCUUUAUAAAAGAAACUUUCUGUACUGGUUGCUUGUCGAAAAAGCAAUACUUCCACAACUUUAUAUCUUCUAAUUCGCGAGGUUGACGUUCUCCUUAUCCAAGUCGGAUUUGGUCUGUAAGGAACACGUCGAACAACCUGUUUUUUUCAUCUGUUCCUGUAUUUGUCAAUUAUCAAAAUCUUUCUCAUUCUAACACAACUGUACCAAUCAUAGACCGUGAAUUGGAGGGAUUCGUUGAGCAUAGCUAGGAUGGUUUCUGGUCAAAUUGAACCUGAAGAAAUGCCACCAGUUUGCAGGAAAGCAUAUAUUGAGUACUUAAAACAUGUCAUGGAGGCUCUCGGGCUAAAACCAGACCACUUGAAAGCCAUGGAAUGUGCCGAUAAGCAUACAGAUAUUUCUUUCUUCACAAUCUUGCUUCAAGAUCAAAGUGGUGGCCUUCAAGUUGUGCAUUAUAACCAAUGGCUCGAUGUUGAACCGAUUAAACAUGGUUUGGUUGUUAACAUUGCUGACUUCCUUCAAGUUUGCAACAAAACACAUGUUUUUAGUCUCAAAUACAUUCAAUUUGUUACUUAUCUCAGUCUGAUUUUGUAACAGAUCCGAUCAAAUGACAAGCGUAAAUCAUAGAGUUGUAGCAAAUAAGGUAGGAUCAAGGAUGUCAGUGGCAUGCUUCUUCAAUGUUUUUUUUGAACCUCCAAAGUAAUAGUAUCUCUUAGGGUCACAUGAUCAUAUCUAUAUCGAUGUUUAUGUCAGGGUAGACUAUCUACAUCAAACCUUCUCGGA